UAAUCACUGAGAAGGUCACAUGGAGAGCAAAAGACUGAGAGUCCCUCUGUAUAAAAAGCCACGGCCUCUGCCCCAGCUUUGUGUCGAUCCACUGGUUGUAACCAUGAAGUGCUUCAUUCUUCUGGCCCUUGUUGCCGCAGCUUAUGCUGCUCCUCUUGAGGAUGAUAAGAUCGUUGGAGGCUAUACGUGCACUAAGAACUCUGUGCGCUACAUUGCUUCCCUGAACUCUGGCUACCACUUCUGUGGAGGCUCCCUGAUCUCCAGCUACUGGGUGGUGUCUGCUGCUCACUGCUACAAGUCUCGCAUCAAUGUGCGUCUUGGUGAGCACAACAUUGCCAUCAGCGAGGGAACAGAGCAGUUCAUCGACUCCUCUAAGGUCAUCCGUCACCCCAGCUACAACAGCUACAAUCUGGACAAUGACAUCAUGCUGAUCAAGCUGAGCAAGCCCGCUGCCAUGAACAGCUAUGUGAGCACCGUGUCCCUUCCCUCCAGCUGCGCCGCUGCUGGAACCAGCUGUCUGAUCUCUGGAUGGGGAAACACCCUCAGCUCUGGAACCAACUACCCUGAUACCCUGAGGUGCUUGAAUGCCCCCAUCCUGAGCGACACCAGCUGCAAGAACUCCUACCCCGGAGAGAUCACCUCCAACAUGUUCUGUGCUGGAUUCCUGGAGGGAGGCAAGGACUCCUGCCAGGGUGACUCUGGUGGCCCCGUGGUGUGCAACGGUCAGCUGCAGGGCAUUGUGUCCUGGGGUUACGGCUGCGCCCAGAAGAACAACCCUGGAGUCUAUACCAAGGUGUGCAGAUACAACACCUGGAUCCAGAACACCAUGUCCUCCAACUAGAUGGGAGAUAAAGCCACCGAGACCUUUCAUGGAGCUGAAGAAUCUGUCAUUGUGACAAAUAAAGUGUUGAAAUA